UCUACGGGCCGCUCGUCAGUUGUCUUCCCGCCACCAGCGAACGUCGUCGGGUGCUUGUUGUGGAUCGCGACCACCCCACGUCACCGGCACGUGUUGGUUGGUUGGUUGGUUCUGUGUGUUGUGACUUUUUCGAACCCGCUGUGGGACGCAGGAUGGAGGAUGGUAACUGUGUCCCGGCCUUCAGAAAACUUUUGGUAUUUGUGAUAAGUUGGUGGAUCGUCUGCCUUUGUGGAUUUGUGACAGCCACAAAGUUACCAACACAGCAGUACUUCUUGCAGACUCCCAAAGACUUGAUAGCAGUGGAAGGUACCACAGUGGAUCUUCCUUGCCAAGUGGGCGCUCUGGCUGGAGAUGUGCAAUGGAGUAAAGAUGGAUUUCUUUUGGGUUUUGACGCAGCCAUCCCUGGUUACGUACGGUAUAGCAUGAUUGUUGAGGCGUCAAAAGGUAUAUACAACCUCCGAAUUCAUAAUGUACAGAUGGACGACGAAGCCGAGUAUCAGUGUCAAGUGGGUCCAGCUCCCAACAAUCAGCCCAUCCGAGCUCAUGCCAAAGUCAGCGUCAUUGUUCCGCCAAAAGCGCUGGAAAUCCGGGGUUACAAGAAUGGAAGCACGGUUGAAAUGAAAGAAGGCCAGAAAUUAUCCAUUCAAUGUCUGGCAAAAAAUAGCAAGCCAGCUACGCAGCUGAAAUGGCUGAGGAACGGAAUAGAAAUCACCAAAGAUACCACUCCUUUACGAGAAGAAGACGCUGGCUCCAGUUUGAAAACCACAACCACCUCUUUAACGCUCUCACCUAAAUUGGAUGACAAUGGUGCUAUCUACAGUUGCGUGGGAGAACACAAGGCGUUAUCGAGACCCAUAAGGACCAAUGUCUUCCUCAGUGUUUUAUUUCCUCCUGGUCCACCUCAAAUUGAGGGUUACCAUGAUGGCGACAUUGUGCAGGUUGGCGAUAAAUUGAAUCUUGCUUGCAUCUCCAGAGGUGGGAAUCCUCCUGCUCGUCUCAUAUGGUUUAGGAACGAUGAACAAGUGGACGUCACCUACUCGACAGGAGGUCGAGAGGCCACGAAUACACAUACUUUCACAGUAGGACCGAAAGACAACAAGGCCGUUUACAAAUGCGAGGCAUCGAAUGUUGUUACAAAUCAACCCCUGAUAUCCUCAGUUCGCCUUAAUGUUCUUUUCGCUCCAACCAAAGUCACCAUCAACGGUCCAAAGGAGGUCCGUGUGGGAGACUCCAUCACUCUCUCUUGCCAAACAGGGGCCAGCAAUCCACCUGUCGAGGUAUCCUGGGUGGUAGACGGCCGGCCCAUGAUGUCCACCCAGUCGGUCACGGAGGACGCUGCAGGGGGAUGGGUGACAAGUUCCAACGUCACUGUCUCUGUGUCCAGGCAGGAUCCAGACACGAAAUCUUUCUCCUGCUAUGCAGUCAGUGAAGCGCUUGGUGAAACUAUAGUACAGACCUAUACAGUAGCAGUAGUCUAUCCACCGUCCGCACCGAGUAUCUCGGGCUACGAAGAAGGGAAACCUAUCAAGGCGGGGGACCUUCAGAAAUUCACGUGUGUAUCCACAGGUGGGAAUCCGCCUGCUACCCUCAAGUGGUUCAAGAAUGAUAAAGAGCUGCGAGGUGCUGAAAAAAGCACCACCACUGGCACGACCAGCGAUCUAGUCAUCCGAACAGAAGCCAGCGACAACGGCGCGAGCUACAGAUGUGAAGCCAUAAACAGUGCUCUCAAGAAGCCACUCACUGCAACUAUCACGCCAUCCGUGUUGUUUCCACCGAGCUCCGUUACUAUAAAGAUGAAGCCAAGAAAGCCCAAAGCUGGUGACACCGUCACUUUGACAUGCGAAACAGCCAGCAGUAACCCAGAGGCAACUGUUUUAUGGUGGAAGGACGGAGAGUCCAUUCCAGGUCAUCAUGAAGGGGUGGUGGAUUCCAACCAUGGUGGUAAAUCUACCCGAAACAGAGUUCGAUUCAACGUCACUUCCGUUGAUGACCUGAGCACGUACACGUGCCAGGCUACCAAUCACGUGCUGAGGAGGACAGUGCACGACACAUUUGUACUCAGAGUUUUGUAUAAACCCGAAUUUCUCUUGACGCCAGCAGAACGCUUUGAUGUUCUUGAAGGCGAAUCGACAGUAGUUAACUUGACAGCUAAGGCUAAUCCCCCACAAGUCACUUAUUCCUGGACCCGAAACGGCCUGCCCCUACUGGACAUGGCCGAUGGCAGUGCGAGACCCAGCGGUGCGAGGUACGGGCAUAGGGCAGUCUACAGGGGACCUCUUCUGGAACUCACCGACGUCACAAGAGAGGAUGGUGGCGAGUAUGGAUGCGAAGCAGCUAACACGGAAGGUGUCACGUGGACGACGGUCAACAUCAAUGUAAUCUAUCCAGCCCGGAUUACCAAGCUGACCCGGACCGUUGUGGUGGGAAGCGGAGAGACGGCAGAGUUCGAGUGCGAGGCCAUCGCCAACCCUUUCGUGAGCCGGAUGAUCACAUGGCGGAGGGCCGGAUUCGACAUGAGCCGGACCCACGAGACGGUGGAGAAGGGAAAGUCCGUGCUGAGCGUCUUCAACGUGUCCAGGCAGGAUGCCGGGGAAUUCGAGUGCGUCGCCUUCAACGGGAUCGGGACGGAGGCCGUCCAGCUGGCUCAACUCAUAGUCAAGUUCAAACCGGAAGUCAGGCUCCCUCACAGCUUCAUAGACGUCGCUGGCGAAGAAGGGGAGGCCGCACGACUCGUUUGCCUUGCUGAAGGGGCACCUGCCAUGAAUUUCGUUUGGUCUUACAACGGAGGGGUGAUCGGCGACAAUUUCAGCAGCAGCAAAUACGCCUCCCAAGCUGCCCAGCUGGACGACGUGACGUGGGAGAGCGUCCUCUUUGUCAAGCACCUGCAAGCCAAUGAUUUUGGGUAUUAUACAUGCGUGGCCAGAAAUGAACUGGGGCACGAUCACGUCAAAGUCAAGCUCAGGAGGAGAGGUCCCCCAGAUCCUCCAUACAACAUCCGAAUCGUCAACACUUCCUCAGACAGCGUGGUUCUGAGUUGGACACCGGGUUACAGCAGCGGUCUUCCCCAGCAGUUCCGGAUCCGGUACCAAGUGACAGGAUCCAAUGAGGCCAAAUACACGGACGUCUUUCCGACUAAUGCGACCGUCUUCAUCGUCACUGGCCUCGAGCCCGAGAAAGAAUACAUCUUCAGCAUGUCGGCCAGAAACAUGUUAGGUGAAAGCCUCUAUAGCAAGGAAAAUACAAGAGCAAUCACACAGAAAUAUAAACCUGGCCAGUCUCCUCCUACCGGCGCCAGUCUGGAUGCCCUCAGUGACAGCAAUGCUGAGCUUCCGCGUCUGCUUCUUGUAGUGGUAUCCGUGGUGGGAUCUUUACUUCUCGCCCUCAACAUUGUACUCGUUAUUUGUUUCAUCAAAAGAAGAAAAAACAGAAAUUCUCACUCAAGGGGAAGUCCGAAAGCUCUAACACAGACGACAACCCCGGAUUCUUUGAUGUACACCCCUAGCAAAUAUCAACAGUCUAUCAAUGGAGAAGCUAUAUGCCAGGUAGAAGACAAAGACAGCUAUCAAGAAGAAAUACUCAUGAAAGAGCUUUUUGAAGCUAAAAAGCAAGUCAGCGAAAAGUGCAUUCCGGGAUACCAGACAGCUAGGCCUUAUGAUUUGACCCAAUCUAGAAAAAAAGACAAUUGUCCGGAUAUACUGAAGAAUCGAGGAAUGGACCACGUGAGCUUACAAUCAGUUCCUCUGAGCACCACAUUGUCUUCGAGUGACGUCAUCACGACCCUCUCUGACGACUCCAGGUACUCCCGGAGGGUCCUGCUGCCGGAUGAUCCGGCAUCUCUGUGCCACACAAGACAGACAGACAGCCCACCCGGAAGCUGCGUGCUGGGAAGCGUCGGAAGCCAUCUGGUGUGAUAAACCGUAAUUAUCUGCGGAGCCUUUUUCUUACGUCAGACAUUGAAGAACACGAGAAACCUAACACCUAAUCGCAGAAGAUACAAGAAUGAGUUUCAUCGAUAGAAGAGUGAUUUUAAUAUCGUCAUUUUUUUAAGUGCCCUUUGUACUUUUCUGUUGUUGUACUUAAAAUUUGUUUUGAUCCCUAAUCAUCAAAUAUUAAUUAUUUUACACGUUUCAAAAGCAAAGAAGCAACUGAUUUUUCUUGGGCUUUCUUUUUUGUAAAAGCGGAUAAGUUUUUUUAUAUCUAAUUCAGGAAAAAACUUUUCGAAAUUAUUUCACUGUUAAAGUUAAUUAUAUGAUGCACAGUAAUAAUCAAUUUUGCCAUAAAUAAACGACUUGCAACCUUCCUUAAAGCUAAUCAAACUUUUCUCAGUAAAAUGUAAGUUUAGUAUACAAUUUUUUUAAAUUAAAUCUUUUAAUAAAAGAUUAUGCGAGCGUUUUAAUUCUUUUAAAAAGCUGAAAGUUCUCUGUUUCUAAGCUAUUAUAAAAAGUAAACAUACUGAGAAAAUAUUUUAUUAAAAACUGUAAUUUAUAAUAAUUGUCAUCAUUUAUAUCUCUUGAGACUUUUUACUAAUUUACAGUUAAUUAUUAAACAACAGACAUUACAAACAAUUAACUACAAACUAUUUUUAAAUCGAUAAGAAAUAGAAAAUCAUCAUCAUAUAUUGAUACAUAAAAAUGAAUAAGUAUUAAACAAAACCAUUAAAAUUAAAACUA